UAGGCAGAGUAGUGUGAUAAGUGUAAGAGGGCAACUAUUGAGGGAGCCGAUGACUCUGAAUGCAGUUCGCAGAUGAGAAGUAUGUAUAGGUGAUGACGCAACGCUUAAAGUCAGCCCUUAUUCCUACGUUUUCUUCUUAGCCUUAUUAAAGUAUAGGUUUCCUUUCCUCUUCUAUCUCUAGAAAAUACUAUUAGCUUCUUAUCCAAGACAAUACUAGUACACCAAUGAACUCUAGAGUCCUCUAUGCUCUAUUAGCCACAAUUCGAAGGUGAAUAUUCCAAUUUUGAAUAUUCCAAUUUUUCUUCUACUCCCAGUCGUAUCAGUUACAUCUACACAUCAACCGCUACUGUCACGUACGUUCCAUUCCAGGGAUCAUCAUGGCUGGGCAAAUCAUUGUAGCCAGACAAAAGAAUAUAUUAGGCGAUCCAGACAGGGUUCGUCAUAUCAAAAACCGAGGAAAAGAUAUUUUCCACACUCUCAGUCAUACUUCUCAGCACCAUCUACAAACUCAGAUACCCGAACCAAUUCCCGGUGAUAUCAAUGAAAUCCACAGAACUAUUGAGGUGGAGCUUGAUCGCUCUCAAGUCCUUAGUGCUAUAGGUCGGGACAAGAGAUACGUCCCGAGGGAUAAACUUCAUGAUAUUCUCACCAUCGAGAGGGUUCGAACCAUCGUGGACCUGCCAUGUUUUGGGGAGUUCACAGACAAGAAUAAGUUAACCAUGCUUAUCUACUAUGGAUCAGUGGAUUUACAACCUCGUUUGAAGCUAUUGGCCGUGUUCAUUGGGAUUGAGAAGUUGGAAGAUUUCCCGAAAUGCAUCAAAGAGGGAAUGAACGACCAAUGCCUUCCAAUGACAGUUGACAAUACCGAUGAUGGUCAGAUGUCUCUCUUCUGCCAACACCACAAAACGCACCAUGAGACUAUCAAUGAAUAUCGUCGACCUAGUCACAGAACACAAUUUACGCAGUGGUCAUACAGUUUAAUCGCACCUUAUAUUACGUCUACUAAACGGAAACAUUCUCAUUACCAUCUACACGCCAGUGAUAUUUUCCCUAUGCCCUUUGGGAGAAAGCUACAGAGGCAAGAGAUGACCGUGCAAGACAACAAAACCCAAAUAAAGGAGACGGCGUUUGCGUAUGGUGGGUUUAGUGAAGUGUAUCAAGUCAAGAUUGAUAAGAGUCAUCAAAAUUUCAAAGAUAUCGGGAUACGCCAUCCCGAAGAAGUGUUCGCUUUGAAGAAGCUCAUCUCUCAUGACCGGAAUAACUUCAAUAUGGAACUCUCAUCCCUGUUAUUCUGUAUGGAUAAAUCCAUUAUCAAGAAUGCCGAUAAGCACAUAAUCCAACCUCUUGCAACCUUUGAAGUUGAAGAGCCCGCAGUUAGUGGAUCGACUUACUAUAUUCUCUUCGACUGGGCUGAGGGAAAUCUUAAUGAUUUCUGGAAGAAGAACGGUCAUCUCGUCGGGGCCAGGGACCAUUGUAGAUGGAUGUCUCGUGAAUUCUAUUCACUCUGUUUGGCGCUCGAGUGUGUUCAUAAUGAGCGCAAAGAGACAUUGAAGUCCAUCGACAAAAACACGCUCGAGAAAGAAUUAUUAGGAAGAUCUCAUGAUGCCGACGGCUUAUAUGGGCGUCAUGGAGACAUUAAGCCUGAUAACUUUCUUUGGUUCAGUUCACCUUCAUCGUCAAGGAGUUUAGGCCAGCUGACUCUAUCUGAUUUUGGGCUGGGAAGAUUACAUACCCAAGUUUCUCGAUCAAAUCAAGAUCCAAAGAAUAUCGCUAGGACAGAAACAUAUAAGGCGCCAGAGUUUGACCUGUCCGAUGGCAAGAUCUCUCGCGCGUCCGAUAUUUUUAGUCUUGGGUGUGUGUUUCUCGAAUAUGUUACCUGGUUUUUAUUAGGAAACGACAGCGUGACAAAAGAGUUCCCUACCUAUAGACUCGAACAAGAUAUCUAUACAUUCCAGUCAGAUACUUUCUUCAGUAUUCGCUCGGACAAACGUGGCAACCAGCGACCCUUUUUAAAAGAAAGUGUCAAACUUUGGAUCAAACAGCUCCAGGAGCACGAAAAUUGUAGUUGGUACUUACACCAACUCCUUGAUAUCAUAAGGGAUAAGAUGCUCGCGCCAGACCGCGGGAACCGGAUCCAUAUUAUGGAACUUAUAAAGGACAUGGAUGUGCUUCGCCAAGCAUGCGAAAGGAAUGACAGCUUCUAUUUGAAGACGAAAAGUGAAUCUUAGUUUUAUCAAUACUGUGCGAGGUGAUAUUCAGCAUCAAAAAUCACCAACCCCAAGCAGUGUCAAGAGACACAGGGCAAGUGCUGGUUAGGUAUAGCACAGGUUGGCGUUAAAGUUUUGAUACCAGUUUCCUCAUAUUCCACAACCAUAUAUUCCAGUAAGCCUCAUAAUCCUGAACGUUGAUAGCCAAGCUAAUCU